AUGGAGCUGAUGGAAGGGAAGAAGACCUCCUGCAAGAAACUCCUCACUUUCAUGCUCUCCAGCUUCAUAUUUAGCUUCUGUCUCUUUAUUUCUUUUCGUCAGUUUGGGACUCCGGAGCCACAGCAUGAUAGUUCCCAUCUUUCUACAGAAAUAGCCCCUGCUGAAAAUACCAGUACCCCACCAGGGAGAAUGCAUAAGCUGACAAUUUUGCUGUGGACCUGGCCCUUUGGGCAGCGCUUUAAUUUCAGAAGUUGCUUGGAGUUCUACAGCACUCCAGACUGCCACUUUACUGUCAAUCGCAGCUGGUACCAUAAGGCCAAUGCUGUGAUUGUGCAUCACAGGGAUGUGUCUUGGAACACAAAGCAACUGGUCCGGGCCACCAGAAUCCCUUCCCAGCGCUGGAUCUGGUUCAACCUGGAGUCCCCCAGUCACUCAGCCAACUUGGGCGCCAUGAACAACAUCUUCAACCUGACCAUGUCCUACCGGAGGGACUCAGACAUCUUCAGCCCCUACGGGGAGCUGCAGCUCCUCCGCCAGCCACAGCCCUUCAGCAUCCCACCCAAGGCCAAACUGGUGGCGUGGGUGGUCAGCAACUGGCGGGCAGACUCUCACCGGGUGAAGUACUACCAGCAGCUGAAGCAGCACAUUGCUGUGGACGUCUACGGCCAGCAUCACCGGCCCCUGGCCCAGGACCAGCUCCUGUCCACCGUGGCCCAGUAUAAGUUCUACCUGGCCUUUGAGAACUCGCAGCAUGAAGACUACAUUACCGAGAAGGUCUGGAGGAAUGCCUUGAGUGCUGGCACUGUUCCCGUUGUCCUCGGGCCACCUCGGCACAACUACGAGCGCUUUCUGCCCCCUGAUGCCUUCAUCCAUGUUGACGACUUCCCCAGUGCCCAGGACCUGGCGCAAUACCUCCAGGACCUGAAUGAGGAUGCUGAGAGAUACCAGCGCUACUUCCAGUGGCGGCAAUGGCUGAAGCCUGUGGUCACAGCCGGCUGGGCCACCCACCUCUGUAGAGCCUGUCAGUUCCUGCAGACGAUGGAGUCCCGGUACCAGGUGGUGCCCAAGCUGUCUGAGUGCUUUAAUUCAUUGCAAACAAUUCUGGAUCACUCCAUAUGUUGGAGAGUAUAA